AGCGCACGUUUGAAGCGCAAGGUGGCUAGCAAAAUUGACAAGUUCUUGGUGUGAAAGGUCCCGAAUAUUCCCAAUCGCUCCAAAAAUUAAUACCACUUUUUUAACUGAAAUAAUAUGUCAUUUUUGUGCGUCACCUAAUCGCAGCGAAUACGACGUGCGUUACCAAACACUAGAACACUCGAUUCCUUUAGUUAUAUUGAUCUCUCGCAUCAGCAAAAAUGUUUACUGGUCUCACCAGCCAAGUAUCUUCCUGGAUGGGAACCGUUAAGGGCGAGCAGGAGGAAAAAGUCCCCACACCUACGGAAGACACUAGUACACUUGUUGGACCGGAGAAGAAGGAAGGAAGUCCGACCAAAGCGGCGGCUCCGGGAGGGCGAUUAGAGAUGUUCUCCAACGUGAAAAACCAAAUCGAGGGCAUCGGAGGUUGGCUGGGCUCGAGCAUCCCGAAGCUGAGGAAAAACGAGAACGAGGCAGGCUCCUCGGACGUCCUGGAUCAACCUGCUGCUACCGAGGCUGCCGAUACCCAGGAACCCGACGUGCAGCCUGUAAAGGACGACGAUGAUAACUCCAGAAAUUACAGUGCUACCGGUGGAGCUGAUUCGGGACCUCAAUCCGCUGCCGAAUCUCCUACCGAAGACAAAGAUAGUCAAUUUGCAAAUGUACAAACUAAGGCUUUAGCUGGCGCUAAAUCAUUCGGUAGUUUUCUGUAUUCUGCUGUAAAUAAGGCUGGGAAAACCGUAAGCGAAGCGAGCGCUAAAAUUAAAGAAUCCGUUGAAAAAAACAGCAUACUAGGCGAGUUCAACAAAGAACAGGACGCUUUUAUUAAAACCCAAGGCAACAACGCCGCCAGCGCCGUGCCCCCAUGGGUGGGCUGCGCCAACGAGGAGGCCCUGAAAGACGAGUGUCUCAGCUUGUCGACUGACCGUAGGAAUUUUGUACGUAGUCCGCCAGCUGGUGUCGAUUUCCAAUUCGACUACGAAGUGUCUUAUCCGGUCGCUAUGUCCAUCAUGGAGCAGGAUCCCAACUUGGAGAAGAUGCGUUAUGAACUCGUGCCUAAAGUAAUUACGGAAGAGAACUUCUGGAGAAAUUAUUUCUACCGCGUAAGCCUAAUUUGUCAAGCGAAUGAAUUGUCGUUCAUGUCGAGAGAGGGUGAUAGUCAAUCCGCUACCGAAACUUACACUUCAGAUCAACUUAUAGAUAGUUCAAAAAAAGAUAUGCAUGAAUUUGUGUCUGACACACUCCAAGCCAGUAGCGAAGAUUUGAAUGAAGUGCGCGAAGGAAUGAAAAAACUCGCAAUGGGCUCCAAGCAUAAUGAAGAAGAAUGGGAGAGAGAACUCGAAGCAGAAUUGCAGGAUUAUGAAAUGGUCAGUGAACAAAAAUCGACGAAUUCGAAAAGCGAUAACUGGGAGCAAGAGAUUGAGGACAUAUUGCAGGACGAGACUGAUUUAAAAUAAUUUGUUUUAAUACUCCAGACUGAUAUAUUUUAUGUUUAUUUACUGAAUUCCUUUCGGUUAAUUUUGGCCUUGUUUGUGGUAAUUUAACUUUGCCGAAUCGUUUCUUAAAAACUGGCAUAUUUGUGCAGAAAUUGCCUACUGUGAAGAACAACAAUGAUUGCCGAGUCUGUUUGUAUAUCUUUUGGCUUGCAUCGAAGCGUAAAAGAAUUAAGGCUUAAUAAAACAGUGGCUUAUUGAAGAAAUUUUGAGCAGCACUGUUAUUAUUUUUAAAUGUGUCAUAAUAUGUAUGAAUAGAGUAAUAGGUCGUUCAUUUCCACAAAUACCAUAUCAGCGUGCAAAUGUUGCUGGAUAAUCCAUAAGUAACCAUUCCAUAGCGACUUGUUAAUUCAAAAGUCUUUUUAAUUGGCAACAAAAGGGUGUUACAGCGCUUUUGUAAGCAUUUUUGAAUAAAUCGUACACAUUCCCAUUUAAUUAGUACCUAGGUAUACUUUUCCUUGUUGGGAUUCGUUUGUAGGAUUCAUCGUACUCUAGUCAUUUUGAAAAAAAAAACUAAAUGGUAUUUUUCGUACUUAAUUUGUGAUGGUAUAUAGCAUAUAGGGUCUACACCUUCGUAUAUUAAAUAUAUAUUAUGCAUUUUAAAAUAAAAGUGUCACUUUAUACAUAAUACUGCAUUUCCAUUUGCUAUAUAUGCUGUUUUUUGGUAUAUUCAUUUAAAUCGUUUGUAAAUUAUCUAUUUUUAUUAAAAGAUUAAAAAUUCUAUUAUAUUUUGUUAUUUCUGUGUAUAUAAUAUAUAUGAAUGAAAUAAGUAUGUAAUUAUUUAGAGAUGUAAUAUAGUAUAUAAAUAGUUUUUCUUUUAGCCACGCGGAUAAAUAAUUUUACAUCUGUUGCGUUCAAAACUGUUAGCAUUAUAGCAUUUAGGAUGUAGCUUUUCGUGUGUUAAGCAUGUUCUCCUGUAUUCUAAUUGUUAUAUAACAUACAGAUUGUUAAAUAAAUGUAGCAAAUGUGCCCAC